AAUGGCAACAACAAGGUGCUUUGCACGACUGUGCCGAUGUUUAAGGGAAGUACGGCGUUACCCCCGAAAUAUUAGAAGAUUUCAUUCAGCUGCUGUUUUGAGAACUCCCAAAAAUGACAUGCCUAACUUUCCUGGAUGUCGAUCAAAAUUUAUGCACAAAUGUGAGUUCAUUAUCCCAGAAAAUGCUGAAGGUAUCCCUGUCUACAGCGUGAUGCGAAAUGGAGAAUUUCUAUUUGAAUCAGAGGAUCCAAAGCUGGAUAAAGACACAGUUGUGAAGAUGUACAGAGAUAUGACAUUGUUGAACACAAUGGAUCAUAUCCUAUAUGAAUCUCAAAGACAAGGAAGAAUAUCUUUUUAUAUGACCAAUUAUGGAGAAGAAGGUACUCACAUGGGAUCAGCAGCUGCUCUCGACCCUAAAGAUUUGGUGUUUGGACAGUAUAGAGAAGCUGGUGUGCUGAUGUGGAGGGGGUUUACAUUGGACCAGUUUAUGGAUCAGUGCUACGGCAACAUGUUUGAUAAAGGCAAAGGUCGCCAGAUGCCAGUGCAUUAUGGGUCUAGUGACCUCCACUUUGUUACAAUUUCAUCUCCAUUGGCAACUCAGAUGCCACAAGCUGCCGGCGCUGCCUAUGCUUUUAAGCGUGCCAAGAACGGAUUGUGUGUGAUCUGUUACUUCGGAGAAGGAGCUGCGUCGGAGGGGGAUGCCCAUGCUGCACUGAACUUUGCUGCAACAUUAGAUUGUCCUGUCAUCUUUUUCUGUCGUAACAAUGGGUAUGCCAUCUCUACCCCUGUAGAGGAUCAAUAUCGAGGUGACGGAAUAGCAAGUCGGGGAGUCGGGUAUGGUAUGGUGACAAUCAGAGUGGACGGGAAUGAUGUGUUUGCAGUGUACAACGCCACCAAGGCUGCAAGGGAGAUCUGUGUUAAAGAGAAUAAGCCUGUCCUCAUAGAGGCCAUGACAUACAGGGUUGGCCACCACAGUACCUCAGACGACAGCUCUAUGUACCGUCAGCUUAAUGAAGUCCAGUCAUGGGAUGUACAAAGCCCAAUCCUCCGCCUCCGCCAGUACUUAGAUAAACAGGGCUGGUGGGAUGAUGACAAGGAAAAUCAAUGGAAAGAGCAGUCCAAAAAAGAUAUAAUGGAAGCAUUUGCCAAAGCAGAAAAAAGGAAACGGCCAAAUCCGGAGUUUUUGUUCACAGAUGUUUAUGAUGAUGUGCCUCCUCACUUGCAGAAACAAAUGAAGGACAUGAAACAACAUGUGGCAAAAUACCCACAACAUUAUCCUAUAGAUGCUCAUGAUGGCAUGAGUUCAUGAUCAUGGGAAGGUGUGAUAGUGUUUGGUGACUCACCUGUGUUUACACAUUCCAUUUGGUGUAUUGUAGAGUUUGGUUGCUGGCCUUCCCAGCCAGUAUAGGAUGGCUUUGGCUUGGAAUGCUUGAGAUUGAAGUAUUUUUUUUAAAUAUUACAUAUAGACAGGAAUGUGUAUAUACUCAUUGAAAACAAAUACUGAAUGUAAUUUAGCUGUGAGAGGAUAGAAAUAUGUAAACAGAGCUGUGCUGAUACAAACUCGGUUGGUUCAGGAACUCUCAUUUUCCACUCUAAAAGUUAGGAACAAUAAUAUCUCAGUUUUAUAACCGCUGUGUGACUGAGACUAACCAUAUCAUUUUACCUAUUUAUGGAAAUUUUUAAAAAGGUAGUUUUACUUGUCAAUGAAGUUAUCAUGAUAUUUAAUAAUUAUUAUUUACAAAAAAAAAAUGGUGAAAACUUGUGUUAAUAAUUCCUGAAUUUUGUUAACUCCCCAAACACAUGUAUAAUCAACACACUUCAAAGCUGUGUAUGUUUACACUUGUAUACAUAUCGAUAAUAUUGAUCUGGUUAAUUUAUGAGAGUAUGUCUAAUUUGUAUGUAGUCUUUUGUGAUUUUUUUUUUUACAUUUUUCUAACCUGUAUGUCAAGAACAACACUUACAAAAUUUUUUCCCACAUUUAUGAUGCUGGGUUUACAUUGUUAGAGUUUUGAUAACAACAUGUACAUCUCAGCUUUAAUUUUUUGGGUAAUGAGGCAUAUUUAGUCUGUGACUUAAUGGUUGUUUCCUUGGCUUUACCUAGUUUGCCAUACACUUUUAUCUUAAUCAGCAUAGUAUAAUCAAAUGUUUAGAAUUUGUCUAUCUAUUUUGAUCAGAUCUUGUAAGCCAUUCAUUGUCUUAUCAUUAAUUUGUUGAAGUUGAUUUGAGGACAGGAAAUACAUAUUCCUCUACUACGACAUGAGAAAAUGUUACAUACUUGGCUUUGUAGUGAGAAAUAUUACACAGCUCCAAGUUGAAUUUCUUGUGUCAUCAGAUUGAAUUGAUUAAACUCUUCCAAUAAAAUGAUUUGCCACUUAGCUGGGUUUUAAUUCCGAAUAGCUGGAUGAGUUUAAUGAUUUAAUAUUACGAGGGCAUUUGUAAAUAUUGGACUGUAAUUUGAUGAAUAAAUCAGCUCAUAAACAGAAUUCAGCCAGCUUAGACCAGUUAUCUCCACAUGUCAUUUAUGUUACGAAGUCACAAUUUUUCCUUGAUCCAACAAUUCAAGUUUUCUUUCUGUCUCUGCAAACUAUUUAUCAGGUUUCUAUUUGAAUAUGAUGUGAUAUGACAAGGACUGAAUAGAACACCAAUUACUGUAACAAAAAAGUAUUAUGUAUCACUUCAUUAAAUGUGAUUAUUGAAGGAUGUUUGAUAGUAUGUCACACUUCUAUAUAUUACAAACUGAGUGUCAAGUCACUGCAAGUUACAGUAUUAGUGGGUUUUUUAGGUGUGAACUUGCUCUUUACAAUACAUCUGUAUAUUACUAAAAAGGCAAUGUAGUGCCCAUCCAAGACCAUUUUUUUACUUGAUAAUUAAGGUAAAUGAUAGAGAUAUUUAGAAAAGAAAAACAUUUUUUCUCCAGAAAUCUUGUAUAUAAAGGCUUAUAUUUAUAUGCAGGGAUUACAGAAUAUAAGUACCUAUACCAGAUACUAUUAAAAUUGAUUUAUAUGUAAUAUACAAGGUUUUGAAGACAUGAGAUUUACAUAUGUGUACUUAUCAUUUUCACUAUGAUCUGUUCUGUUCCUGAGUGAAUAAAUAGUUAAUUUAGAAAUUA